GCCAAAGUCGCAUACAUCCAAUAAUAAUAAAAAAAAAAAUGCUAUAAACUGUGUAAACGUUUGGCCAAAUUUCAUUAUUUUGCAUUAUUUAGUCAUAAUGCCGGACUGAUUCUUCUGAUGAGGACAGCAAAAGGCACUUUAUAGUGAUAUUGACCCUUAUAUGGGGAAUUGACAAAACAGAACUAUAACAUUAUUCUCAGAAAAAAGGAACAAAAGCUGUCACUGGGACGGUUUUCAGUGAAGAAAUAUAAAGAAAGCCACAUAAUAUUUUGGUUGAAUAUUUAGAUUGAUAUCCAGAAUAUUAAUUAAUAUAAUCAAAAUUAUUUAUUUUAAAUUAUUAGUGCAUUGCUUUGUAUUUUAUGGAUAGCCUAAUGUCCAAGCAAAUAAUUAACAGUAUUUCUUUUUUUUUACAGUUUUUCUAAGCUUAAGAAACUAUAAGAAGCUUAAAACCUGGACAUUGUAAGAUGUCUUGUAUUAUGUUACUGUAAUCAAUAUUCAGCCUAUAUAUUCAUUAUAUUAGAAAUUAUAAUAAAUGCUACCAUAGUGCUUUGCUUUCUUAUGUGUUGUUUUUAUUGUUAAAGGUUUUUGUUGUGCAUGAGUAAAUGAAAGAGGGAGAUUUGUAAUGGUGUACAGGUGCAGGUACAGGUGCAAGUGAAUUUCUUUCACACCUGUGCAUGUCGUAUCAUUUUAUGAAGAGAUGUGUCACACUUACAUCCUCGUAUACCACUGUGCAACGUGCCAUGGAUCUGAUGCUAACAAGGGUUUUACUUAUUUCAAUACACUUCAUUAUGCCUGUAUGGUGCAAUGUUUUGCGACUUCAGAAGAGAGACUGGAUGGGUAGUGCCUCUGAAAGCAUAGCAGAUAGUGAUGUUGAAUGUUUUUCUGAGUAUAUGGAACUUUGGAUCCAUAGGAUAAGAAUUGAGGAAUUGAGGCUUUGGCUUUCUGGAAUUUUAAGGAUUCAAGGGGCCUUGGUGUCACUGGAAAAUUUAAAUGAUCAACUCUCUUCAUGUGGGUUUGGUCUGCAUAGAGAUCUGGACAGGAACUAUGUCUUCAGAGUCAUGUACAGCGGAUGUUUUGUCCAUUUAGAGCAUGGAAAUUAUGUGAUUGUAUUGAACCUGCCAAAGAGAAUAAAUCGUUUUGGAGGAAGGACUCAGACAUUUACGAUGAAGUGUCCUGCUGUGCUAACACCUCCCAAUAGAGAAUACAUAAAGUGUGAUUCAGAAUUCAUUCAGGUUACAAGAGAGAUCCCCAUGGAUAACUGGAAUAAUGAGUUGGACUGGUCUCUGGCUUUAGAAGGGAGUUUAGUGGUGGAUUUGGAUGACGCCAGUCUGAUUCAAGUCAAUGUCGAAGUGCAAAAACCAAAUAUAACAGUUCAAGGGAGGAGAGAGACAGUCUUAAGCACUGUGCAGGAGGGCCAAUUUUUACCACUAAAACUGGUUAGUGGUCAGUAUGCUUACAGCAUGGAGGCAACCUGUCCAAAUGUAAAUCAGUCAUCAUCUAACAACACAGUGCUGCACAUCUAUAAACGGCGUAUGGGCUUGACCAAGAGAGCUGGAAAUCCGAAUGAGUUACUCACUGUGAGAAAUGUGAUAGUGAACCAGACCGACUCAUUCACCUGGUCACAGACUACUGCUUUUGUGCAGCUUAUCAUUCCUACAUCCAACAUUCAAGAGAAAAGGGAAUGCAUUUCUGUAGAGGGUAAAAAACUUCAGCAAACUUUCUAUAAGAUAGAUGCUGUCCUUACCUUUAAAGAGACAAAUCACAAAAUGCACUGGACCAUGGAGAACACCUCACCAUGCUCAGACAUGUUAAGUACAGCCCUGAUGACAAACCCGCAAGUUCAUAAGGCCCAAAAUACAUCACGUUCUUAUGUGGACAUCACAGACAAUUCUUCCAUCAAAGAGUUAACUGCUUCUGUGCAACCACAUACCUAUCCAACUCCUCAUAACACCUGAGACUUGCAGUAUACCGUCUGUGCUUUCAUUAUCAAUAGAGAUGGUGAAAAUGUUUACAGAUACACUCAACAGAGAAAAGCAAAACAGAGAUGUCAGUUCUGAUCUUUAUCGGUGUUGCAUCAUUGGAGUGGGAGGGGCCCUAAUGCACAUCAGAUGAAAAUGCAGGUACCAGCUAGCACCCGUGUUAGUGCUUUUACAUAUACACAGUUUCUCCUACAAUUGGUUUUGCAUUAAACACGCCAGAUGUAAUCACAGAUAGAAAUACAGCUACACAUUCGGUCAUCUUCACUCAGAUGGAAUAACAACAAGCCGGUCAAGUGGAACCAUGCAUCUUUUCUGUUGACAUGCAAAGUGCUGUAUAUGUACAUAUGUAUGAUAUGAUUACAUAUAGGACUACAUGUUGUACCAUUAUAAUAAAAAGCCUAAGCUAUGUGUGUUUUACCUCUCAACACUAAAAUACCUGGUUUACAGCUGUAUAUAUUUUUACUAUAGGUUACUCACUAAAUCUUUCUUUUUACUUUCCUAAAAAAAUAGAAAGAUGAUUUUGAUUAUAAUGUGACUUAAACUGUUUUUUAUUUUGUAUUUCUUUUUGUUUUGUUUUUAUUUUCAUUUCUUUCUAU